CAUAGUGGUAUAAUCUUGCCUUACUUCAAGAGCUGCUGCGUUGAAAAUUCCAUCCCUCACAAGUUUGUGCCAGAGUUCAAUUCCUGUUGGGUACCACUGCAACAACAGUCUCCGUCUGCUCUUCCUCAAAACACCAAGUCUGCGCACCAUGGCCCGAUUUGCCUGGGUGCUCUCCCUACUCCUGACUUCCUUCUUGGUCGCCCCUGGGAUUCAAGGACCCCCAACUGGUCCAUACCGUUAUACCGACCGGUGCGAGCGAUGUUGGCAGGCAGCCGGCAGUCCAACAGAUUUUGUGAACACCAUGUACAAGACUGUCAGAUAUAGUUCCUAUCCUUGUUAUGCUUUCGGUCAUGAUUUGACCUGCCGUCAUAAGUUUGCAGUCCAAGGGUACUACUGCGUAGGAUGUUGUAACCUUGUUCAUGUCAGUCUUGGAAGAUGCCCCACCCACGGCCAGUCCACACAAUACAUUCCAGAACCACGGCUUACUACCCCACAAGCUCCUCGUCCAGCCGCACCAUAAUAUGUCGAGCAAACAAUCAAAGGGGAAAGGCAUACACCCACAUAUGUUGCACACUUUCCCCGCGGGAAUCAUUUUU